CGCACAGCAGUGCCUACCGUAACUUUGUGAACAGGCCUUUACACAGUGGGUUGAUAAUGUAUGGAGAGAAAGAGAAAGAACCAACUUCUGUAAAACUAACUUGAUGUCCACUACUAGCACUGAGCAUAGCUGGUGUUUCAGAGAUUCCAUCAAGUACUACUGUAUUGCUAGCUGUUUUCGCGACUGACAACCUCCCACUGUCUCUACAUAGAUACACAUCCUAUGUGCACACUUCUUUGUCUGCAGUGUUGGUUGGCCGAUGCCACCCCAGGUGGUUAGCUAGUGUGUGUCCCCAUUCCAUUCUGCAGGAGAGUCAAUUCCCAUUCGUCUGUUCCUGAGUGGGUACGACCUCACGCCCACCAUGCGGGACGUCAACAAGAAAUUCUCUGUUCGUUACUAUGUCAACCUGGUUCUGGUGGACGAGGAGGAGAGGAGGUACUUCAAGCAACAGGAGAUAGUCCUGUGGAGAAAAGCUGACCCAAAAGCAGCCAGAAAGUCUGUCAAGAAAUAG